UCUUCACAUAUUUUGGCAUUUUCUCUAAUGGGAAGAUGCGGGCGGGACAAGUAACUCCCACCCCAAAAGUCCUCUUUCCAGCUUUUCCCUCCACGAAAGAAAACGCCCAAUCUGACGCAAAACCCAAAUCAAACCCAUUCAUCAAAAAAAUCAAAAAGAAAAAACCAGUAGCUCAGUUUCCCACACUCCUCAAUUUUGAUUGUUGCAGGAAAAUCAACUUCUUCUCCACCAUCCAUUGAUGGGUCCAGGUCCAGCAGCUGUCCACUGCUGAAUGAUGGAUUGAUUGCAAACCCUUACCCUUUGUACCCCACCAUAUCCUCUCCAUCUCAUCUCCACCUCUCUCUGUCUCUCUCUCUACUCGUGGUUCAUGUUCACGAGCCUCCAUAUGAAUUCCACACCAUAUGGACGCUGAGCCCCUUCUCGCUUCCCAAACAAGCACCCAACCCCAAGCAAUUCUCCACGAAGAAUACCCAUCUUCUGUUUUUGGAGAUCAUACCCAACACCCAAUUCUCUCCGGAGCUCAGAAUGCCCGCCCCAAGUGCAAAUCCAGCCUCCAGCGGUCAAAGACGGCGCCCGCCAUGGUCGUCGUGCGGGACCUCAAACGCCAACGGCCGACGGCGACCCAGAUCCCCAACCCGCGGCCCGAGUCCGGGUCCAUCGUCCGGCAGGCGGUCUUGCUGCUCCUGCUCUACCUCUCCCUCGGCAUCCUGAUCUACGCCUUCAAUCGGGACCACUUCUCCGGCGCCGAGACCCACCCCGUCGCCGACGCCCUCUACUUCUGCAUCGUCACCAUGUGCACCAUCGGCUACGGCGACAUCGUCCCCGUCUCGCCGGCGGCUAAGGCCUUCGCCUGCGUCUUCGUGCUCGUGGGGUUCGGGUUCAUUCACAUACUGCUCAGUGGGGUCGUGAACUACGCGCUCGACUCGCAGGAGAGCAUGAUACUGAGAGGGAUCGAGGCGGCUGACGGCGGCUUUUCGGCGAAGAAUUACAUCGUGGAUGUGAAGAAAGGGAGGAUGAGGAUUCGAUUGAAGGUAGGAUUGGCGCUUGGGGUUGUGCUCCUGUGCAUUGGGGUGGGAACUUCGGCGUUGUAUUUCGUGGAGGGUUUGGAUUUGGUCGACUCGGUUUACCUGGCGGUUAUGUCGGUGACGACGGUGGGGUACGGUGACAGAGCCUUCCAGACGCUGCCCGGGAGACUUUUUGCGGCGGUUUGGCUGUUGCUGUCGACGCUGGCGGUGGCGCGUGCGUUUCUGUACCUGGCUGAGGCCAGGAUUGACAAGAGACACCGGAGGAUUGCGAACUGGGUGCUGCAUCGGGAAAUCACAGUCCAGGAUUUGCUCGCUGCUGAUAUCAAUCACAACGGAUUCAUCAGUAAAUCAGAGUACAUCAUCUACAAGCUCAAGGAGAUGGGGAAGAUAGGGGAGAAAGAUUUGUUGCAGAUCUGCGACCAGUUCAGCAAGCUCGACCGGAACAACGCCGGGAAGAUUGCGUUGCCUGAUCUAUUGGAGAAUCACUCGUGAGUCAUGACACUGAAAAAUGAAAAUGCCCACAUGAUUCUCUCCAUGUUAGCCGCAGGACUGAUUCAUUCUUCCAGUCAAAUUUUUCCAAGUGUACAUGAAAUGCGUAGACAUUGAUGGCUGGCAGCAAGAUUCUGUGUAUGCAAUUGUAUAUACAAAAUUUAAUUAAAUCCAAAUUCCUCGUGAUAAUUAAA